GGCCUGCGGGCGGCAUGGCGGCGGCGGCGGCGGUGCCGUCGAGGGUCCCCGCGGCGCCGUCGGGGUUCGGCGUGUGGCUGUGCGGGCGGCUGGAGGCGCUGGGGGCGGACGGGCCCGUGUACGCCUCCUACAUCCGGGCCGUGCUGCAGGACGACGACGGCGACGACGACAAGCUGGACGCCCUGCGCGACAUCCUGGCCGCCUUCCUGCAGGAAGAAGAGCCGCUGCUUGCCGUGUGCCAGGAGAUCAUCGCCCGCUGGGCAGAGGCCCAGGCCGCCGCCGCCCCCGCCGAGAGAAAGGAAGACGAGGUGCUGGCCAUCGCCAGCCUCAUGGAGAAGCAGGCGCAGAUCGUGGUGAAGCCGCGGGCCGUGAGCGAAGAGGAGAAGCAGCGGAAGGCCGCCCUGUUGGCUCAGUACGCCAACGUGACCGACGACGAGGAGGAGGCGGCGGUGGACGUGAAGGACGGCGCAGCGGGCGGCGCCGUGACCCUCAGCUCCGACAAAUCCCUGUUCCGCAACACGAACGCGGAGUCCGUGCUGGCGGCCCGCAAGCUGGAGCGGGACGGCCUGCGGGACGAGGCCCAGCGCAAGAAGGAGCAGGACAGGCUGCAGCGGGAGAAGGACCGGCUGGCCAAGCAGGAGCGCAAGGACAAGGAGAAGAAGCGCACACAGAAGGGCGAGCGCAAGCGGUAACGGCGGCGGGCCGGGUGGGCUCCCCCGGACCCCCGCGUCGGGUUGAGCGACUGCCCCUCCGCCUCUCCCCCCGGCCCGCGGAGGAGGUCCCGCGCCCGUCGGGGGCUCCGGGCGGCGGGCAUCCAAGAAGCUCCGGGGGGAAGAAGCCGGCUCUGGGGCCCCCGAAAUGGGGGGCCGGGCCGGCUGGGCCCCCCGCGCCCCUUGGGGGUCCGCGGCCCGUCCCCUCCGCCUCCCUCCUCGUUUCCCCUCAUCCCCCGCCGGGCCCCCCGGGAUCUGGUUUGGGGGGUCACCCCCUCGCGACGGGUAGGGGGGAGACUCCGGACGAGGAGAGGAAACUCACCUCCUUCGCCCCUCAUCCGCGGUGCUGCCGAAAGAAACGUUCAUAUUUUCCCGUGGGGUUUUUUUUUUGGUUCCAAAUAAACACCUAAUAUUUAACAGA